CAUGGCUUUGGCGAGUAUCUGGAGAUUUUGGAUGAUGUUGCUCUUCUUGUCCGGAACCCUCAGUCUGGGAUGUGAGAGGCUGCAGUUACAGCAAGUUCUCAACACAGAGACUCUCAGCAAACUGAAUGCAAUGGGCGGACCCUUUCCCCGACAUUGUAUAAGACAGAGACUCUCACUGAAAACCAAACCCUUGAACCUGGUGAAACUCUCGAAGGAAUUAGAGACACAGGACAGGAUCCAGAUUGUCCAUCAAACCCUGCGUCACAUCAGCAAGAUCUACAGCAUGAACCUAGGUUCAGCCACAUGGGCCCGGGAUCAGGUGGAAAACCUCCAACUUCUCCUGGAUCGGCAGCUCGGUGAGCUGGAAGAAUGUGUCAGGAAACCAGGAUCAGAGAACAAGAUGAGGAGAAACUCUGCCAUUCACAAUUACUUUAGGAAACUGGAAAAGUUUCUCAAACAGGAGAAAUUCAGUGAAUGUGCCUGGGAAAUAAUCCGCACUCAGACCAGGGCCCGUUUACAACAGCUUCUUUUCAUCAUAGCACAAAUCAGCAGAAGAAACUGAGAAAGACAUGUUUAGCACAGACUGGGAGCAAUGAAUAUUUAUUUAAAAAACUUUUAACAUAAAGAUGUUCAUAUAUAUAUUUGUAACAAAUUUUAUAUUUUAAUGUACUGAUGACAGAACAAUGAGUGACAUGAUGGGAUUAUUUAUUUUAUUUAUUUAUUGAUAUUUAUUGCUAUGACAUUUUCCUCUAACUAAUCUUAACACUUCAGUGGGUGGGGUGUCUGCUUUGGAAUUUACUGUCAGACUUUCAAGAUAUGAGUUUGCAGACCUAUAAACCCUGGGCCGCACUGACCUUUCUAUUUCUCCUCUCCUAAGUGGCCAACUUUCCAAUCUAUUUCAGCCACUGUAAUUUAUUGAUCUUUAUUGUUGUCAUGUCUUCGUGUAAUGAAACCUAACAUGUUAUUUAAUGUGUAAUGUGAAUUUUUAAUGAUAAUUUAUUUA